UGAAGCCAAAACUUCUCUUUGCCGCUAGUCCACUCCACCCCCCUCUUGCUCUUCCAACGCAAACAGAAUACGAAGCUCGCCAUGGCGGAACCACAGGAAUCGAAGAAGACCCCGGAGCUGGUCUCCAUGAACGACGUCGAACGGGUCUUCAUGCGCUACGACGCCAACGGCGACGGCAAGAUCUCGGCGUCGGAGCUAGCCGAGGUGAUGCGCGCCCUCAGAUCCGAGGUCUCGGACGAGGAGCUCAAAGCCAUGAUGGCAGAGCUCGACACCGACGGCGACGGCUUCGUGGAUCUGAAGGAGUUCGCCGCGUUCCACUGCGGGCUGGGCGGCGCCGCCCGAGGCGGCGGAGGGGAGGGGGAGCUUAGGGACGCCUUCGAGAUGUACGAUCUGGACAAGAACGGUCUGAUCUCGGCGAAGGAGCUUCAUCUGGUGCUGAAGAGAUUGGGCGAGAAGUGCUCCGUUCAGGACUGCUCCCGGAUGAUCCGGUCCGUCGAUUCGGAUGGCGAUGGUAGCGUGAACUUCGAGGAGUUCAAGGAGAUGAUGGUCAACGGCGAGAGGAAGAAGGCAUCUGACGGCGAUCCAUCUCCGUUGCCGUCGCCGUCCUCUAAUUGAUGUGGGAUACAGUUCAUGCUUAGACGUUCUUUAGAUGGAGACAAAGGGCUUGAUUAUUCUGUCAAAUGUCUCAUCUCAUUUGAGAUGUCUUUAUAGCUUGUGACUUGUAGUGUGUUCUGGGAUGCGUCUAAGAAUUAACUGGUUGAUUACUGGAAUAAGCAUGCUUCUUCUUCUUCUUCUU